AUGAAUAUCAUACCACGUGCCCACCAACAACUACAACCAGAGCACUUUCGAUUCCUCGAUCUCCCAAUUGAACUUCGACUGAAGAUCUAUGGAUACCUUCUCCCGCCUAGAACCCACACCAUAAUUACGCAGAUACCUUGUGAUGGCUACUACUAUAAUACCACAACCGUUCCCGCCCAUGCGGCCCAAUCGUUCUACCCAUUUGGCCGGAGCCCUCCAUCUGAUGGAAAGCCAGCGACUUAUAAAAUUCUUCCUCCCAACUUUCGGUCUCCUGCCUGCACUCCUUCCAUCUACCCGGGGAUUUUGCGGACCUGCAAGAAAAUUUAUUAUGAGAGUGAACCGGCCCUCUAUGGAAACAAAGAGACAGUCUUUGACUUCGGAACUCAUGCCGAAGCGUUGAUAGCUUUCAUGGCGGAUAGGUCAAAAACUGCCAGGGCAUGUGUGAAAAAUGUUAGGAUUGCCACUGAGAUCCCUUCGAUAGGCUUAGACGAGGACUGGCAAGGGACGGUAACGAAGGGCGUGAGUGAUAAAUGGCUGCGGCUAUGUGAUUAUUUGAAGAGCGAGUUGACGGGCUUGAAGGAUUUGGAUCUCACGGUCUGGGCUACAGAUGGAUCUACUCCUUGGAAUGCGACCUUGGCGCAGCUAGGUUUUCAAAAACCAGCAGAAGAAGAUGAGACGAGUAAGAUGUUGAGGAAGGAAGCAGAGGCAAGAUGGCGGGAAUGGGAAUGGACGAAAGUGCUGCUCGAGGUCGAAGCAUUGAGACAUACAAAGAUAACGUGGUGGGGAUCGAGGAGCAAUAUUGGGGAGCAAGGUGAAACAAUUGCGUUUGACUCCUGGCUUGCUGGACGGAUGGCAGGGGAUCGAUUGGUGAGGGAUAGGAUGGUGAAAGAGGGCGUUGUUGUGGAGGGAUCUGUGGUUGUGCCUGGCUUGGUUGCGGAGUUACUGAUAAGGGUCGAGCUGUUCAGUGGUGUAACCGGAGACGGUGACACCAACGAUGCAACACAUCACCAGGACCCACCAGUGCACCCGCAGAUCUCGCUUAGUAAUCACAACCAAAGUGAGGAUGAUGAAGUGACGACCGCGCCCAUUCUCUUAUUAGUAGACAGAGCAAACUUUGCUGCUAUAUACAAUUCACUACCGCAAUACACCCAUCCAUCCUCAUCCAUGACAACUGUCGAGCGAUAUCGGCCACCGCAUCUUUUCACUUCAGAUGCGCCUUCAAAUGCUGGACGAUCCCAUCCUCCCUCCACAACCCUAGCCAGAACGAACGUUCCUCCCGCGGUACCGUCACCACCACGACUUUCAAGAGACUCUCCCCCAACCAAACCACUUCUUGAGGCGGUUAUUACUCCGUCCCCUAAUUUCAAGAUGGCUUCCGACGAUUCAAGCCAGUGGAUCUUCACGGAUGCGGAGAUUGCGAGCGCCCCGUCCAUUGUCCAUGGCAUGACGCCAGAGAUGGAGCGCUGCUUGAGGGCAAAGGGCAGCAACUUCAUCCUUCAAGCCGCCAUUCUUCUCAAGCUUCCGCAAUUGACCAUUGCAACCGCCAGUGUGUUCUUCCAUAGGUUCUUUAUGCGAGCGAGCUUUGAACAGUCAAAGGGCGGCUUCCACCAUUAUACUAUUGCCGGAACAGCGCUCUUCCUUGCCAGCAAAACUGAGGAGACCUGCCGAAAGACGAAGGAGAUCGUCAUCGCGUGUGCCAAAGUUGCACAAAAGAAUACAAAUCUUAUGAUCGACGAGCAAUCGAAGGAAUAUUGGCGAUGGCGGGACAACCUGCUCCUCUAUGAGGAGCUGAUGUUGGAAUAUCUCACUUUCGACCUCGUCUUACAAUCACCGCAUAAUCUUCUGCACGAAUUCCUACGGAAGCUUCACAUUGACGAUAAUAAGCGGAUACGAAACACUGCAUGGGCUUUCUUAAAUGAUUCUUGUCAUACAACCAUCUGUCUAUCGAUGCCUGCAAAAGAUAUUGCCAUUGCUUCGAUCUAUUUCGGAGCGCAAUUUGUGGGAGACACCAUUCCGGAUGAUGAGCAUGGAAAUCCUUGGUGGGAGGGACUAGGCGGAAGGCCGAACAAGAUUGUGAAGGGAGUUCAAAUUCUGAGCGAGUUUUGGACUGAAAAUCCGUUGAGGAAAAGCGAAAUUCCAUACGAACAAUCUCCAUCAUCCUUGAGCAAUGAAGAAGAUUUGCAUAGAAGUCGGAGGAGAGCCGAUGUGGGGAGCAGCGAGGAUACGCCAAGUCCUGGACGGAAAUCCCAGCUUGCUCAGGGCAUGAGUCGACAACAGAGCCAAGCGGAAAGCAACGGUACUGCGGCCAAUACUACAGCAGAUAAUUCACAAGUUGCAAAAACUAAGGGCCCUACGAACACUUCGGACGUGCUUAAUGGAAAGCCAACAUCGCCGAAACCGAAUGUUGAUGUAUCAAAAGAGCACGGGCUAGCUGUUCGUGAAGCCGAAGAAGAUACAGGUGGCUCGGACGCUGCUCUUAAAGAAGCUGCAAAUGACCCUGCUACCCAUACUGCAACUGAACCUUCGAGUCAGAACCAGAAGCGCAAAGACUUUGAAGCUCCGGAGGAUCCAGCAGCGAAGAGAUCAAAACCAAGCCCUGUUGGUGGGGAAGUCCCUGACAACGCCGAGGCGAAAAUCGCUGGAGAGGAGAAUGAAGAGGGCGAGUUGGAGGAAUAA